GAGGGCGUGAUAGACGCUUUUGAUAUGUAACGCUAUACCUCACAUUGACGUCACGACAUGUUCUUCUCACUGGGUGAUGGGAGAGGGGGUGUGUUUAACGGGGGACUUCAUUCAUAAAUACAAAAAGCUUUAAAUGCACAAAUUAAAGAGAAGAUCGGGGAAUCGUUGGUGAGAUUGUUGUCUCAUGGACCACACGUAUUACAGUUAGAAGAACACUUCUGGUAUUUGCUGAAAAAACUGAUGGUUCAGAGAUGCGUUCAUUUCACUUUCCAAAGGAGAAAUGGAAAUCAAGUCCUUCUUUAGUGCCAUAACCAGCUUCAAAGCAGCCGCCUGACUUCCUGUACUGCCUUCCUCAGGGGGGACACUCUCUCUGUCUUGGACCAUGAGCAAUGACUCUGCCCUAUGGAAAAACCUUACAGAUCACUCCACAGAUGGCCCCCCGUCAUCAGGGACACAGAAUGGCUAUGUUCUCCUGCUGGUCCUGUUGUCCAUCUUUGUCGGGGGGACGCUGGUCCUGCUCUCUGUUCUUCUGAUCGUCUGUCGCCGCUGUUGUGAAGGGGACAGACGCCAUGCAUGGUUCAUUCUUUGCCUCAGGGCUAGUGAUGAUGCUGAGAAAAGUAAUACCACCUAUAUCGAAGAGGCCCAGCCAGUUCAUGAGAUUACAAUUCGUGUCGAUGAGUCAGACUGCCUGUCGGCAGCCAGCUCCCACGACAUGGAGACUGAGCGUUUCCUCUCCACGGGCACCAUGGGCCGCCGGGUCUCCUUCAACGAAGCGGCACUCUUCGACCACAGCAAGAAGACACAGGAGAAAGGUCGAAGGUACACGCUCACGGAGGGCGACUUUCAUCAUUUGAAGAAUGCGCGCCUCACCCACCUCCAUCUCCCUCCCCCCACCCUGCAGAUACUCACCAUCCAUGAGUGUGAGUCAUCCGAGAACAGCAUUGCCAUGACAACGCGGGCCGUCGCUAAAUCCAGCCUCUCAAUUUUUCAGCCACCAUUGUGUUCACUGCCCCAGACUGCCCUGAUCAGUAGAAGUCUCAGCCCUAGUUCUGCCCUUCCUGGCGAUGCUCUCAAUUCUGUUGUGGACACAUCGUUCUGUCAGAGUGUCACAACAGCUGGUCCUAAACCCUCCAGCCCAUGUCUGAUGGAGGUGAGAGGAGGAGUGGUAAGGACCGCAGGCAUCAUGGGUAAUGGCAGAGAGGGUGCGUCAGGCUCGGUCACAGCCCUGUCGUGCUCUGGAGGGACGCUGCAGGGGCCCAUGCAACAGUUCUUCACCAAGCUCCGGCGACACGCCAGUCUGGAGGGAGCAAGUCCUUAUUUUAAGAUCAAGAAGUGGAAGUUUGACAGCAGCCAAAGAGCUUCAAGUCUGGACAUGAGAGGCUCUCCCAAACGGAGACAGUUUCAGAGGCAGCGUGCAGCCAGCGAGAGCAUGGACCAGGAGGAACACGACGCCAAUCACAUUGACCUCAUUCAGUACAUCGCACGCACUAAGGACGUCACCUACUGCCCCACCCGGCCCAGCCCGCAUCUCCUGUCACCCCCCUCCACACCCCCACCCUCCCUCGGCAGGUUAGAGGUGGAGGUGAUGGUGGAGCCCAGCUGCAGCCGAGCGACCGGGCCGGGUGUGAUCGGCCUCCCCUCCGAGCCCUCGGAUCUGACAGAUCCCAGUCACCGAGAGACCUUAGAACCUCAAACCUUGUACCGCGAUAUCUGGACUCUUCGUGCCUCCCUCGAGCGGUAUGUCUCUUCCGACCAGAGCAGCAACAACGACAGAGAUUCGGUCCGGAGCGAUGCAGACAGCGUGUGUUCUCUUGGGGGUAGGACUGAGACGGGUGGGCUUCCUAGAGACCCUUCUCAAGAUAUCGGAGAUGAGAUGGAGGUGAAUGCGGACCUGCCUAUAGACGAAGCGGCGGAGAAAAGACGCAAACAGGACAGUUUAGAUUCAGAAAAGGGAAGUGAUGGAGAAUCGGGAAACCGCAAGCUUUUGCAGAUGGACAGUGGUUAUGCAUCUAUAGAAGCCCCGUCACGCGCUCCAGAAGAGCUGCGACUGUUUGGAAGCACGAGUAGUAGUUGUAAAGAUGGCUCUGCUGUAGAGCGCAGGCACUUUUUCAGUUCCGCAUGCAAAGGGACGGUUUGCGAGAGCUUUGAUACGGACAUCUUCGAUGAGGAACUGGAGGAGGAACCUGCUGGUGCUAGCGGUGGCGUAGACGGAGUGGAAACAGACGAUAGCGUGAUAAUUUGGUCCCCCUACGGCCAGAUGUUUACUCAACGUGACGUCGAACCUCACCCUCCCGUACUUUCUCGACGCGACUACAGCAUCGACGAAAAAACGGAAGCGCUUUUUCAAGAGUUCCUUCGGCACGAUCCGCAGUUCGAUCAGCAGGAAUCUCCGUUACGCUCUAAGCACCGUUCCCGAGUGCACCUGCGCAAACAAUGGCAACGUUCCAAGCAGUACAGUGACCCCGGGCAGCGCUUCCAAACGUCUUUCGACCGGUACCGCUCUCCCCUCCGUCGUGGUGAAACCGUCAACUACCCCCUAGAGACUAGCUACCACAGCCCCCUCCCCCGAAUCGUAAGUGCCCCCGACGAAGAGAGCAUCGAAGGUGCGACCAGUACUCCCGACACCCCCAAAGCGGAUCAGGAUGCAACGGCAACAGAUCUGGAGAAGGACUGUAAGAUAAGAAUAUUUUCUAGCACUGAAACCAGCGGCACUAAUAAUGAAAGUGAGGUUCUUGAAGCGUUACAGACCCCGUUGGACAGGGAGAACUCGAGUCAAGCGUUGCCACCUUCGGCGGCACUUGAUGAAAGUACACAGCUUGCCAAAACAAGCUACGGCCCACAGACAAUCAUAGACGAGCUAAGUGACAAACUAGCAGCUACCCUCGAAGAACGACUGUACUCGGAUCUCCGCAGAACCCGGGAACAGCCUGAGUGUAGUGCAGUGACAGUAACCUACACGUCGCCCGAUUACAGUCCGGUGUAGCAUGUGGCUCCAUUCAUCGCUUCAUACAGACACACAAAUUUUGCUAGACGUUUCGGAUCUGGAACAGGUUUGCUUUGGCCAUCCACAUGCUGUUGAAAUCAUCGUUGUGUCCAAGAUCAGCGGUGUAGGGACGUUUCUUCCAUGCCCAGUGUUAAAAAAUGGGGAUUAAAGCUCUUACCUCACGUUGAUCAACAUACCACGUUUAAAACAACAACUGAAAUGUAAUAGUCCUUUUUUAUUAAAGCUUUCCAUUUAGCUACGUGUGGACUUUGAAAGCCAAUAUUUCCUCUGCACUAGGUAAUCCACUGUGAAAUUGGGUGCUAUUAGAUUUAAGAUUAUAUUUCUAUGUGCAUGCCUUGAAUUUUGUUGCGAUGCUGCCUAUGUGUUCAAAACCCAAUUAUUAUUAUUAUUGAUAUUAUUUUCUAAUAGUAUUUCAGAACAAUGGUCCUCAAUUUAUUUAGCUUUGUUUUGCUUUUUGAGAUGUGGUAAAACGAAACACUAUUUAUUUUUGCCAAUCAGGUUUUUAUCAUGUUGUCAGAUUUGGUUAUGCAGUAUAUUGUCAAAUUUUCAGUGUUUUACAAAUUGUAAAAAUGUGGACAGACAUGUCUAUCAUAUAGCCGUCUUCUUAAAGAGAGAUAGUUUGGAUUAGUUAAGUAACGCUAGACACAGUAGCUUCUUCCGUACAGAAUCACUGUCAUAUGAAGCUUUAUUUUAUUAUCGAAAAGGCUUAAACUGCCUCUUUGUGCGAUACUGUAAUUUCACAACCAUAUUAUUAAUAUUCUCGUAUCUUUAAUUGUAUCAUUUGUUGUGUAUUGUUUAUCACACGUGAGAAUGAGAAGUGAAAUAUACAGUGCCGAAUUGUACAAGGACAUACUGAGAUCAAACAAAUGGGAAAAAGAGUUGCAGUACCGCUUUUUAUAUAAACAGAUAGCGAAAUGGCACUCUAGGGGUUUGAGGAAGGCAUUGUGUGAGGAAGGCAUGCCAUUUCUUGCAUGUAUUGAACUCUUCAUUAGCAUUAGUUUCAUGCAAGGAUUACUACAAAGAGAAUCUCUAGAGACGUUGGGGGGAAAAUGGACAACGAGUCAUUUAGAACGACUCCAACUAUCCAGCACAAGACCUAACAACAUUCAGCUCAAUAGGAGAUAUCUAAUAAACUGGAAGCUUAAAGAAAGAAAAAAUCUAUAAAAUUGUGUAGAAAGUAAAUAGUCAGUUAAAUUCACAGUAUUCACAUUUACUAUUGUGAUGGCCAUUCAUGUUGCUUUGGCAACCUUGUCGGAAGCCUCUUAAUGAAACCAAGCGAACCUUUGUCUACAAAGACCCACAAUGUCAUUAUAAUAGCUGUCGUCCUUUUAGGGGAAUUGUUUGAGCUUUUGAGUGGGAUGCUAAAAGCUACAAGGACGAGAUGCAUUUAAAAACAAAAACUAAUUGUACGGCUUAGGCUGCAGCUAAAGUGGCAUAUCCAGAAAUAAACGAUAAUAAAAAUAAAAGACCUUUAUUAUCUAGGCGAACAAUGACUGAUGUGCGGGAAGUAAUUAACAAUGGAGAGAGAGAGAGAGAGAGAGAGAGAGAGAGAGAGAGAGAGAUUAUAUUGUUGAUUGUUUCUGGAUAAAUGAAACGUGCUGACCAACUCACAUGAGUACGGGGCCUUCCUGUGUGCUUAAACAUUAAGAAAGGUUUGAUGGAGCGGGAUCUCCGCAGAGCACUUAUUUCUUAUCACCAGGACACAAUUGAAUAGUCUGAAUUACCUACCCGUGGUUAUUAAAAAAACAGAUAACAAACAAUAGGCUUUUAUUGCAGCAUGCACGUGGAAAUAUGACCCAACAUGUCCAGAUCUUCUCUUUUGUUUUGUUUGCGGUUUUGAUGAACUGUAGUCGGUCAGGGCCGACCAAACAUGUACAAAGUAUAAAGCUGAGUUGUAUAUAAGCACAAAUCAUGUCGUUUUACAGGAACUAGAAUGGUCCAUUGAUGAAUUAUAGUGUAUAGAUUUGCAUGUGAUGACAUCAUUUAGCAGAUACGAAAUCCAGCACCAAAUAAGAUGCAGCCAUAUGUAUUUUGUGUGAGUCUGAUAAUUGAAAGAAAUAGACUUGAAUAUGGUAAAGUAUUUUAUGAAGUCUGUUAUUUUAGCUUUGCUGGUGGAUGCGAUUUUGUCAUAUUUCUACAGCUGGGUAUAUUUCGAUGAUAGAGAAACUGUUACACUCGAUCUUUAAAAUUACUUAAACAAUCAUUUAAAGUCCCCGUGAAAGCGAAAAUUGCUAUCCUUUUACUUCCGUAUUCUGACGCAUUUCCGAGCGAAUAGGAAGUUCAAAGGAGAAAACUUGUUGGCGUGGCUUGCGUUUUUUAGCUGCGAAUUGAUUGGAUGUAUAAAAACCGCUGUUGGUUUUUUUAAAUGAAACUAUCAGCAGACUGAUAGUUGAAGGGAAGUAGUUAACGGAUGCUCCGCCCAAGCCAUCUUAUUUACGUCAUUUGAGACGGAGUCUUCAGGGGGGAAGUGUAUUUUCUCAUUUUAACUGAAGAUUACUAGUGUACAUGAAUUUAAAAAGAAAACUACCCACAUUGAUAAGCUAUUUACUAUAAACACUGCAAUAUUUCAUGAAAAAAUAAAAAUUGUAAGUUUUAAUUUCACUGGGACUUUAACCGUAAAGAGCAAGAACCGUUUUCUGAAUGUUUGUUUUGUUUAUAUACCUUGAUCUCUUUGUUCUAGAUCUAUCUAUCGAGCCUUGAGGGACCAACCAAUCUAAACAUUUAUUUUCAUGUUAUGUUUUCCAACUAGUCAAUAAAGAAUGAUGCAUAACUUC